AUUGUAAGUAAAUGUCAAUGUCCUCGUCAAUAGCCAGGAUUAAGGAUGUUUGCUCGGCAGUUCAACGAUUGAACCAAAAAAAGUAUCAUAAUCGCCGAUUAUAACCUACGUAAAGAAAUGUUAUUCAAUUUUUUUGUAGCUCGUUGAGGUAGGUCAAUGCAUCAAUACGAUAAAUUAGGCAGAAACCCUAAAUAUUUAAGAGCCAUCAAAUACUUGAAAACCUCUUCAAAAGGAUUUCAACAAUUAAUUAAAAUCGAUCAGAGCAAAAAACUAUAUUAUAUUGGAAGCCGUCCAAUUAAAGUGGACGAUUUAGCACUUUUAUUUUAAAAAAUCGAAUCAAAACGAAUGCGAAAUAAUAACUUCACUUAAUCAAGUGCAACCAAGAUAUAAAAGAGUAAAAUUUUGAAGGGCAGCCAGUACUUCAUUCACUUAAAUCUGAAUAAGACGUGUAGAAAAAUGCGUGUGUUUAUUUUCGCUAUACUAGUAGCCUGUGCGGGAUUCUGUGUCUCGACUCCGAGACCACAUAACUUCGAUUUAAAAGGAACUCAUUUGCUAGAACCCUGCAAUGUUCACAUUGAUGUCUCGCACGAUUAUCGCUCUGAUCUCUACGAAUUUGCGAUAUCAAUGUACAGAGCAGUGUCUGCAAGGAAAGAGAUCAAUUUCGUGUAUUCUCCACUCUCAGUCUGGAUCAUGCUAGCAGGUUUAGCUGAAGGCUCAGACCCCUACACCCAGCAACAGUUGUUCAGUCUUCUAAAACUUCCCUACGAUGCUUGUACCCGUCAGAAGUAUUACCAAUACGCUGGUUCUCGUCUUGUCCCAUCUGAAGAUGUCAAAAUCAUAAGCAACCGUGUUCUGCUACUCGAUGCUGGCGUUACCCCUUACCCAACUUGGUAUGAUCUGGUGCUGAAAAACAAUAUAAUGGAUGUUUUAACCGCUCCUUUGCAUUACAAUCCAGUGGCGACGACAAACGAAUUGAGAAGGCUCCUGAAUGCACAUUUACCUAGUAUUAACUUGAAAGGAAAUUCAAUCCUUGUGGAUACUGUCGACUACAACGGGCUUUGGACUACAGAAUUCGCUGAUGCUAGGAUUGAGAGAGCUCCGUUCUACGACCAGUUAGGUAACGCAAUCGGAUUUGUGGAUCUCAUGAAAGUGACCAAACGCGCAAAGUUGGGAUACGUCAAAAGCUUGAAAGCAAAGGUUUUGGAGUUACCUGUCGGUGGAAAUGAGCAGUACAAGAUGAUUUUCGCGUUGUUCCCUGAAACAGACAAUGUGAGGAAUACUUUCAACUUGGUGACCAGCGAAAUUGUCUUCGAGAUGUUUGAUUCGUUUAAGGAAAGCAACGUGCCCGUUGAGAUUGCUAUCCCGCGCUUUGUGACCACUAAUGAACUGAAUAUAAGGACCGUGGUUGAAGAUUUUGGAGUCACUAGUUUGUGGACUGAUCCAGCUGCUACCAGGAACGUGUCCCACCCACCGGCGUUACCAAGCAGUUGGGUACAUCGAGCAACCUUAACCCUGGACAACCAUGGCAUCUACUCUUCACCAUUCGAAGUGCCACAAGCAACCCCAUACGUUGCCGAAGGACCAACAGGACUUGAUCCUAAAGUAGGCAAUGAGUUCAUAGCAGACAGGCCGUUCUUGUUCGCUCUGUUUGAUGAAGAAACUCUCACUUGUUUGGUAGCUUCCUCGUUUAGCGUGCCUACUUAUAAGUAGUCUGGGACAGAUUGAAAAAUUCUGGUUGGUUUCGUUUCGUUUUGGUGAUGGCUUGUUUUAAAUAUAUAACAAAAUAUUAUUAUUAAUAUACCUAAUGUUAUAUUUUCACAAUGGUGUUAUUUUUUUCGCAAAUUUUGUAACUAGGAUCAUUUUUUAAAAUAAAUAGUUUAUUAACA